AUGGUCUCUCCUGAGGUGUACAAUGUCAAGCAGCAAUUCUUCCUCGGUGCAUUCAAGGCUCUUGUAGACCUACCGCCCCCCAACCCCUCCAGUGAUGAUUACACGCCCAUCCUUGUUUAUAAAGCCCGAGCACACAUCGCCUUGGACGACUCAAAAUCGGUGUCAACUUUUGUCCCUGCCGACACAGACAGUCUUUCUUUAAAAUCCGUGCUAUCGUUAUCCAAGUAUGUGUCCGACGAGGCAGAUACGGCUUUGGAAGAGCUGAGGGAUCUGUGUGUGGAGAUCGAAGGAGACGAUGUGGAUGCGAGCGAGCGCGAGAAAGGGUGGGUGCGCGUGAUAGCUGGCACCGCUUUUGCGCGCGCAGGUGAGCUCGAGGAAGCUUUGGAAACAUUAGGCGCGGAGGCAAGCACAGAGAACCUUGAGGCCGUCGCCGUGAUCAUCCAGAUUUACCUCUCCAUCCACCGACCAGAUCUUGCGCGCAAGGAAUUUGAACGCGCGAAGCACUGGGCGGAAGACGAUCUACUCCUCCAGCUCAUAGAAGCUUCCAUUGGCCUUGUCACUGGCAAGGAUGGAUAUGCCGACAGCAACUCUUUCUAUACUGAGCAACUCGCCAAUCCUUCUCUGUCUUCUCCACACCUUCUCACAGCACGGGGCGUCACGCGACUACUCCGAGGCGAGAUCAUAGAGGCAAAGUCUGACUUCGAGGAAGCUGUGGCACAACAAGGUGGAAAGGAAGACGCGGAGACCCUUGCUGCAAGCGUAGUCGCAGCGGGAUUGGGAAGUGCUGCGAAGAAGGGAGAUGCGGAGGCGCUAUGGAGCCGAUUGGUAUCCGAAUUCCCCAAUCAUCCUUUGGUGACCGAUGUGAACACCAAAGCAGAGGAGUUCGAUGAACUGACUGCCAAGUUCGAAGUGCCCCCUUUAGCUAUACCUACCGCAGCAUGA